AACGGCCAUGUGAGCUCUGGGCAAGACUUGCCGCACCUGCCCCAUCACUUGGCACGGGCGAGGGUGCAGGGGGAAGGAACCUGGCACUCCUGGAACUGGUGCGACGGGGCAGGAGCCCGACCCGACGGUGCUGGCCCUUCCAGGCACAGCCCUCGUUCUGCGGAGCUGGCUGUAAACAGAGAUAGGGAGGGGCCGCUGGGCCUGCCAAGGGAGGCCGACACUGAGCGAUUUACUGGAGGAAAACAAGUGGCUUCCACGCUGGGCACGGAGUGCGCACACGCACCGCGCAGGAAGCCAGCGCCGCGAGGCUGCCGCUGAUAAGCACCCAGGGCGGGCGGGGGUGGUGGUGGUGUGUGUGUGCUGAGAAACACAGGAUUCUCCCUGUCGUCCAUGCUGCCGUGUUGCUCACGGGGUCUGCGGUCCAGGCGCACAGACACGGGCACUUAGGAUAGAGCCCAGCCCGCCGCCACCGCCAUGUGGAGUUGCGGCCCACUCAACGGCACGGGUGGCACUGAGGACCACAGCCUCUGCCAGCACUUCCACCUGGUCCUGUCCCUCUUCUCUCUCCUCUACCUGGUUGUCGGUGUCCCCAUCGGCCUGGGCUAUAAUGCCCUGCUCGUCCUGGUCAACCUGUAUGACCAGAGCAGCAUGACCAUGCCCGAUGUCUACUUCGUGAACAUGGCCGUGGCAGGCCUGGUGCUGAGCGCCCUGGCACCCGUGCACCUGCUGGGCCCCACAGCCUCUGGCUGGGCCCUGUGGGGCUUCAGCAGUGAGGCCCACAUCACGCUGCUGGUGCUGUUCAACGUCUCCUCCCUGGUGACCAUGUACUCCACAGCCCUGCUCAGCCUCGACUACUAUAUCGAGCGGGCCCUGCCCCGCACCUACAUGUCCAGCGUCUACAACACCAGGCACGUGUGCGGCUUUGUCUGGGGCGGGGCCCUGCUCACCAGCUUCUCCUCCCUGCUCUUCUACAUCUGCAGCCACGUGGCGGCCAGGAUCGUCGAGUGCUCCAAGAUGCAGGACACAGAGGCUGCUGAUGCCAUCAUGGUGUUCAUUGGGUUUCUGGUCCCCACCCUGGCCGUCCUCUAUGCGCUGGCGCUCAUUGCAAGGCUCCGCAAGGAAGACACGCCCCUUGACCAGGACACGGGGAGGCUGGAGCCCUCGGUGCACAGGCUUCUGGUGGCCACCGUGUGCACGCAGUUUGGGCUCUGGACACCUCACUACCUGACCCUCCUGGGGCACACGUUGCUAGCCUUGCGGGGGAAGCCCGUGGAUGGGCACCACUUGGGGAUUCUUCUCUUUGCGAAGGACCUGUCAAGAUUCCUGGCCUUCUCCAGCAGCUCCGUGAUGCCGCUCCUCUACCGUUACAUCAACAGGAGCUUCCCUGGCAAACUCCGGCGGCUCAUCAAGAAAAUGCACUGUGGGCAUCAGAGCUGCUCCCCAGACCAGGUGGGGGUCCAGCAGGUGAUGGCAUAGACAGCCAGUCCCGGGGCCACCACCAGCACUCACUGCGGAGUCACCUGGCCGCUGGCCGAGGGUGCAUGCCCUUGAGGCAGGACUCACCCCCCCUCUGGGGAGACAGGUGACUGACACUUGAGCUGGGUGCUCAGCACUGUGUCGCUGUCUUCCCCAGGAGGUCAAUGCGGCAAGAACAAAGGACAGCACUGGAUGUGUCCUCGCCAAGUCUGCUGUUGUUCCACAAAGGCCUCUCUUACACCAAGGCCACGUUGUUCAAAGCAGCAGGGGCCUGGUGUGAAGGGAAGCUGCAUCAGCCCACCUGCUUCUGCCCAAGGCCCACGCACUGCUCCAUCCCCGGGGCCACGCCCUCAGCUUCCUCCACACCAGGUCCCAGAACGACAUCAUGACAGUCAAAAGCCAGUAUUUAUACUCUGUCUUGCUACAAUCCUUGGUUCCCUCUUUUACUUUACUUUUGUUCAUAGAAAGAAAGAUUUGACAGAAAAGUCGCAACAGUAUGAAAAUGAAGGAAGCAACACAAAAGAGCACCCUCUUCCGACGGGUGGGGGUGGGUGUGACAGCUGCAGGGUCGCGUGGGGGCAGCGGGGAGCAGAGGCGCACGGUGUCACACACAGAGGUGGUGUCAAGAUAUUUCCGAUGGACGAAGCCAGCGGGGUAGCUGGUCUAAAUCGAGAGUAAAGUAGCUCGCGGUUCUCUCCUUGCCCGCUGAAUGCACCCACUACCCCUGCUGCCCUCAUGGGUGAUCUCAGCUGACCUUUAGAGCUCAACUCCCCACUGUGGGCACCAGACGGAACAAUAAAAAUACACCGAAGAGAGGAAAAGGCGGCUAACGCUGAAGCUAGAAGGGACUGCCCAGGGGAGAGACAGGCCUGGACGACUGAGCCUCGUGGGGCGCAGGGGCGGAUUAUGGGGCCACUACCACCACCUCGCCCGUCAGGUCCUCCGUGGCCUCUGCCACGGGGAGCCCAAAACCUGCCUGGAUUCUUCUACACCAUGGCCUGUAACCAUCAGCUUUACAACUGUGCAAACAGAAGGCCCUGCCCCUCACACCAUCACAAUACACCCCAGGCCUGCAGCCCCUAACUCCCAACUCUGAAACCCACCAAACUCUAAAAACGGGAAGAUCUGUUUUUCAGGUUUGCAGCAAGUUCAUUUGGUAGCAAACCCUGACCUCCAGUGGUAGGAGGGCACUUUUCUACAGAAAGAGGAGUGUGAUCACGGGGGCCCUGCCCCAGCCCCGCUACCCCGUAGCAUGCAGUACAUGCGGCGUGUUAACUGUGUGUGUGCGCGUGUGCAGAAAACCGGUCCACAGAAGUGGUUUGCUAAAAGGAAAAUCAUAAACAUGCACAUUCCUUAAAAUGUGGUUUAUGUUUCAACUGAAAUUUUCCUGCCAUUUACGGCUACAGAGGAACAGGGCUGCGAAUUGGUAAUAUGGUAACUCCACCCUGCUUUUAGGGCUGUGCAUCCAGAAAAAAAACACCUGCUUUGUUUUUGGUUGUUGCUCGGUAAUGCACCCUAUUUAUUUAUUUAUUUUUUAUUUUUAUUUCUUCACUCCCCUUCACCCAUUCUCCCACCACCCACACCCCUGCCAACUACCAGUCUGUUGCUUCUUUGACCUUGGUUUUAUUUUUUAAAGAUCCCCCACAUAAGUGAGAGCCUAUGGUGUUUGUCUUUCUCCGUCUGACUUAUUUCACUCAGCACAGUGGCCUCCAGGUCCGUCCGUAUUGUUGCAAGUGGCCAGACUUCAUUCCUUUUUAUGGCUAUUGUUCCCUAGUGUGUGUUACACGUGUGUGUAUGCCCCCCAGCCCCACGUCUUCUGUGUCCACUUGCCCAUCCAGGGACACUUAGCCACUUCUGUGUCUCGGCCAUGGGGAGUAAUGCUGCACUGAACAUGGGGGCGCAGACAUCUUUCCGGUUAGUGGUUUUGUAUCCUUCAGGUAAAUACCCACAAGUGUGACGACUAGAUCGUAGGAGAGUUCUCUUUCCUUAACUUCUGGGGAACCUCUGUGUUGACUGAGUGGCUGUACCAGUUUGCAUUCUCACCAAUGGUGCACGAGGGUUCCCUUUUCUGCACAUCCUCAUCAGCUCUUCUCUCAUCUUCUUGAUGACGGCCGCCCUAACAGGUGUGUGGGGGGGUCCCCCUCCGUGGUUCUGAUGUGCACAUGCCCGGUGGUGAGGGGCGCAGAGAGCCCCUUUCAUGUAUGUGUUGGCCGUCUGUGUUCUUUGGAGAAAUGUCUCUUCUGACCUUCUCCACAUUUUGUAAUCAGAGUUUAUUUGCUACGGAGUUGUAGGGGUUCUUUAUGUAUUUUGGAUAUUAGUUCCCUAGUGGAGAUAUUAACAUACUAACUUGUGAUAACCUGAAAACUUCUGAGUUCUGACACAUCUGGUCUGAGGAUAACAGAGUGUGGCUCAAUUUUUUGCCACAUUCCAUGCGGGGAAGUUGCUCCAUUUGGUCCUGGUCUCUUGGGAAAUUUAGCCCGUGACUUGGUUGCCAUUGUUUUUCCAUCUGCAUAAUGUAUCCUGUCCAGGAUCCUGGGAUGGGACUGAGUGAAGAGUCUGCCCGUGCAGGAUCCAGAAAGUACACUGGAUGGCAGGGCCCUGGCCCUGCUCGGCCCUGCCAGCUGUGAAAGUCCGGACCACUUCUGUGGGGCCCUGGCAGUAGAUCCGGGGCAGAAGGAGACAGGUCUCCGGGUUGCUUCUGUCAGGAAUGUGCUAGUUCUACACAAGGAUGCACCCCCCCCCCAACUGCUGCUGUAGGUCUUCAGAUGCACUGGAGUUUCUUUUCAAAUCCUGAAAGCCUCAGGCCUGACCCCCUCCACCCUACUCCAGCUGUGAGCUGAACUAUGGGUAGUCCCAAGGCCAUGGUUCCCCUGGGAAAGUCUGGUGUUCCUAAGUGACCAGUGUGACGGCACGGGUCCCAACACUGCAGCCGUAGAACCUCUCACCUCCAACAUGCCUGCUACUGCUGGACCUCUAGUUCUGUCCCAGCUGGCAGUCAGACCCCGGACCGGGGUCAGGCCAAGGUCCACCACACACAGCCAGGCUCUUGGAUCAGGAAGCCAGCACCGUUAUUAGUGGAAACGGGAUCCAGCGGGUAGGCUGGUUUGUGGCAGUGCUAUUUCAAAUAAAAAGACCCUUUUCCUUGCUUACCUGUUCUGCUUUUUGCUUGAGGAGAAAGAGCUCCUAGGAGAGAGGGAAUUGCCAACAGCAUAGAGCGGAGUGGCAGAGUCCCUCACCCCAGCUGAGGUCCCUCAAACAGGAGAGGGAUCUAAAAUUAUUGAUUUGUUUUCCAUUUCUCAGUGUCUCUGGUUGCAAACUGGCUUGUUUCUGGUGACCUCCAGACCCCCCUUCUGGGGGCCUGAGAGGGUCCUGCCAGGGGUCCCUCCCCCCAUCCCAACACCCACGUGUGCUGGUGACAGAGGGCCCCCGAGGCAUGUGGCAGCCUGGCAGCUUUUCCUGGUGGAGCACAGGCCCAAGGCAGGAUGGGGCUCCCGUGCAGACCCUUACCUCUAACGGAGACCCCCACCACUAGUUCUGCAGCAUACCCGGGUCUCACACAUGUGAGACACGCUCUUCUCCCUGCUGGGGACACCUCUGCCACCAACCCCACAUGCUGCAGAACCUACUGUCCAUUUCACAUUUCUUCAUCCACAUUCUUGUGCUAAAUUCAUCUUGGAUCAAUCUGCUGUGACCUGACACUUCUCUUCCAGGUAUGGGAGCUUCCAGCGCUUCUGCGAACUUGCCAAAAAAAUGGAAAGACUUUUGGGCUGAGAUAAGAAUGAGGAACUAUUUGGAAAAAGCUAAAGUAGACUGUGAACUCAAUGCUAAAUAAAGAUUACAUAUAUAUUUUAA